AUGAAUCCUUGUGUUUUUGUAAUUUUCUCACUUCUCUUGCUACAUGCUGAGACUAUAACUUCCAACCAAUUGGGAGGAGGAGAUGAAAAUGGUAUUAUUAUGAGAAAGUGUUCCGAUAAGGAGAGACGUGCUCUUCUUGAUUUCAAAGCUCACCUCCAAGACCCUGAUGAAAGUCUCUCUACAUGGAGUGCUGAAGAAGAAGAAGAAGAUUGUUGUAAUUGGAGAGGAGUCACUUGCAACAACCAAACAGGUCGUGUCAUCGAGCUAAAUAUUAGAUUCGGUGGCCUUGAAGGUGAGGUUAGCAAUUCUUUGCUUAACUUAAGCUACCUGACUCAUCUUGAUCUUUCAUUCAAUUCUUUUCAUGGAACCAUUCCCACCUUCAUUGGUUCCAUGACUCGUUUAAGGUACCUUCACCUUGGUUGGAAUGAGUUUAAUGAAAUCAUUCCCAUGUCCAUUGGUUCCAUGACUCAUUUAAGGUACCUUAACCUUGGUUGGAAUCAUUUGAAUGGAGCCAUUCCAAGUUUCAUUGGUUCCUUGACAGAACUAACGUUCCUUGACCUGUCAAAUAACUCUCUUUAUGGAACCAUUCCUCAAGAGUUUGGAAACCUCACCCACUUGCAAUACCUUUACCUUGAAGACGUUGGCAGAUGUAGAGUUGAAAACAUAGAGUGGUUGUCCCAUCUUUCUCAUUUGGAGGCACUUGGAAUGGAUGGGAUUUCCCUUGCCAAACAAAAGUAUUGGUUAGAUGUGAUUUUGAGUCUCCGGAAACUAUCAUGGUUAAGUUUAGAUGGAUGUGAGCUGUCACAGGUCAUGUAUCUAUAUUCUUCUUCAUUUCUCAACUCUUCUUCUUCAUCUAUUGUUACCCUUGAUCUCCGAAACAACAAUCUUAACUCGUCCAUAUAUCGUUGGUUGCUCCCAUUGACAAGCAAUAAGCUUCGUUUUCUUUAUCUCAAUGGCAACAUGUUAGAUGGGAUACCCAAAUAUCUUGGUAACCUCUGUAGUUUGGAAACUUUGGUGUUCCAUAACAACUCUGUUGUUGUCAAAUUUCCUGAUUUUCUCAACAACUUGUCGUCUGGAUGCACAUCGCUUACAUUACAAGGGUUGUAUGCUGGACAUAACCGAUUUAUAGGGACACUCUCCAAUGAGAUCCUAACAUUCAAAAAUCUUUCCAUUCUUGAUAUGAGCUCUUGCAGUCUAGGACCACGCUUCCCCAAAUGGAUUCAAAAAAUCAAAAAACUUACCGCUCUUGAUAUUGACUACAAUGGAAUUUUAGACACGAUUCCUCUGGGGUUUUGGGACAUGUGGCCUUCUCAAUUAGUAUAUCUGAAUCUCUCUUCCAACAACCUCAGUGGGAAAGUACAAGAUUUAUCAUCAAAUUUUGGCAACAAUUCUAGGAUAGAUUUGAGUUCCAACAGAUUUUAUGGUUCUAUAACAAAUAUCUCUUCCACUGUGGUAUUACUAAAUCUUUCUAGAAACAAAUUCUAUGGUGGAAUGUCCUUCUUAUGCCAAAUUGUCCAUGGGUUUUUAGCUGUUCUUGACCUCUCCCAUAAUUUUCUAAGUGGACAACUUCCAGACUGUUUGUGGCAUUUCAAAGAACUAGUUGUUCUUAAUCUAGAACACAACAAUCUCUCUGGAAUGCUUCCUCCCUCCAUUGCAUCUUUGAUAAAAUUGGAGGUAUUGUAUUUGUACAAGAACAACUUAUUUGGAGAAUUGCCUUUGUCUUUAAAGAAUUGCACAAGGUUAAGUUUUUUGAAUUUGGUGGCCAACAAGUUUUCUGGUAACGUGCCUGUUUGGAUUGGGGAAAACUUAUCAAGGUUGUAUGUUCUUAUCCUGAAAUCAAACUCAUUCUUUGGAACCAUCCCUUUACAGUUAUGUCAGUUGGCUAAUCUUCAAAUUCUGGAUUUGUCACUGAACAAUCUCCAUGGACCCAUCCCCUCAUGUUUGGAUAAUCUUACAAGCAUGGUUCAAACAGGUUCAUUACCAACACAUAAUGUACAUUCCUAUUCAAUUAAAUUGUUUGUCCGAAGACAUGGUUCUUAUGCUGAACUUGUUGCAAAGUAUGUUGACCAUGCAAUGAUGGAGUGGAAAGGAUAUGAACGUGAACUCACCAGUACUCUGGGAUCGCUAAAGAGCAUUGACUUGUCAAGCAACAACUUAACAUGA